AUGGCCUCCCCAGGUGCACCAGGGACCCGCAUGACGUCCGCCGUCAUUAUCAACAUUUCUACUCCUUCCUUCUACAACCCACAGAAGAAGUUUGCACCUGUGGUCGCCCCUAAGCCCAAGGUGAACCCCUUCAAGGCUGGGGGUGCAUCAGAGUCCUCACUGCCCCCACCUCCUGGAGCUGGUGCCCAGCGUGCUCAGAUGGGGAAGGUCGGGGAGAUUCCAUCAGCAUGCACAUCCUCUCUGGCAGAAGAACUGCCACUGCCACCUCCUCCCCCACCUGGAGAAGAGGCAAGUUUCUCCUCAAAUUGUGCUUUUCCCCCUCCACCGCCACCCUUUGAAGAGCCUUUUCCACCAGCCCCAGAGGAAGCUUUUCCUUCUCCUCCUUCUCCUCCUCCACCUAUGUUUGCUGAAGAGCCUAUGAGCAAAGUACCUGCCCCACAGGGAUCUUCAGGAACCACAGGUUCUUUGGAGAAACCAUUGGCCCCAAAAGCUCCUGCAGAGAUACCAUCUGCACCCAGAGAUACUUUUCAUUCCUCUCCUUCCAAGUUCACUCCAAAGCCAAGUGGAAGUUUACCUUUCAAGCCCCCUGGGGUGGAUUUGACCCCUUCCCCAACCCCAUGGGCAGCUCCACAGCAACACAAGGAGCCUCUAGCACCAGUCCCUCCACCUCCAUCUCUUCCUCCUGCUCAGCCUACCCCUAAAUUCACCCCACCUGCUGUUUCUGGCUCUCCUAAGUCUGGGUCCAAAUCAGGUGCCAAUGUUCCUGUGGCUUACCCAAACUCUGCAAGAUCUACCUCCCUUCAGACUCAGUUCACAGCCCCUUCACCUUCAGGUCCCUCCUCUCAACCACAGCCUCCCAGUUUCACCUAUGCCCAGCAGAGGGAAAGACCCCAAAUUCAGGAGAAGCUGCGUCCCACAGAACAACCUGCAGCUGCAAAAGACACGCAUAGACCUGCAGGCUCCAGUGGAGAUCCACCUAGGGGCAACUCCUGCCUGACCAUGAAGGAGGUAGAAGAGCUAGAGAUGUUGACCCAGAAAUUAAUGAAGGAUAUGGAGCAUCCGCCCCCAGCAGAGGCUGCUACUUCUGAGCUCUGUGGCUUCUGCCGUAAGCCCCUGUCACGGACCCAGCCAGCUGUGAGAGCACUGGACUGCCUCUUCCAUGUGGAAUGCUUCACCUGCUUCAAAUGUGAGAAGCAGCUGCAGGGGCAGCAGUUCUACAACGUGGAUGAGAAGCCCUUCUGUGAGGACUGCUAUGCUGGGACCUUGGAAAAGUGCAGUGUCUGCAAACAGACCAUCACAGACCGGAUGCUGAAGGCCACUGGUAACUCCUACCAUCCCCAGUGUUUCACCUGUGUGAUGUGCCAUACCCCUCUGGAAGGGACCUCUUUUAUUGUGGACCAGGCCAACCAGCCUCACUGUGUGGAUGACUACCACAGGAAGUAUGCCCCACGCUGCUCAGUCUGUGGUGAGCCCAUCAUGCCAGAGCCUGGAAAGGAUGAGACGGUGCGUGUGGUGGCACUGGAGAAAAAUUUCCACAUGAAAUGUUACAAGUGUGAGGACUGUGGGAAGCCCUUGUCCAUUGAAGCAAAUGAGAAUGGGUGCUUCCCGCUGGAUGGGCAUGUGCUGUGCAUCAAAUGUCACACUGUUCGUGCCAAAGCAGCACGCUGAGGAGCUUGGAGACCCCUGCACUC